AUGUCUUCCCGGGGCCUCGUCCUCUCCAAAUCUCGGUCUCAGAUCCUGAGACCGCUCUCGCCAGUCCUCGAUGCGGUGUCGAGACUGCUACGGCCGUCGUCGGCCCAAUCGACCUACUCCAAGACGGGCGCCACGGCCGCCUGGAUCUCCAACGACUUCACCAUUCCACCUUCAGCCGUCGGCGGCGGCGAUGACGAUGACUGCAGCGGCGAUGCCGUCGUAGUGCCUGUGAUGCCGUCGGCACCUCAACCGCCACGCACGCCAGACGAGGACAACCUCAUGCCAGUCGGCUGCUCAUCGUCGCCAUCAACGUGCGGCUCAACCACCUCAUCCAGCAUGACCAACGGUAGCAACGGCAACCCCGCGGCGUGGACGACGCCCCAGCGCACCGACGCCGGCAUCAUCAAGCGCCGCCGCCUGCGCCGCUACCACGCCCACGACAGUGGCUACCCCUCGAUCAUGUACGCGCCCGAGCCGCCCCAUCUCCCUCACCAUCUCCGUCAUCACCACCAGGCCGAGCCGCGCACCACGGUGCUCGAGAAGAUCGUUCUCGAGCUCUUCGAUGUGCAGCGGCUGGACUGGAUGAUGAUUGCGGAGCCGCUGCAGCGGCUGUACGGCCUCGAUGUCGACAGCGCCGCCGUGCUUGGCAUCUUGCAGGACAACGGACGCGUGCAGAAGACGAUGUGGUUCGAUUAG